AAUUGAAUUUGGUUACGAAAUUAAUAUUUGUAUUAAUUUGUGAUGUGCUGAAAAUUAAGCUCGUUAAUUUGUAUGAACAGGCAACGGAGCUCAAAUGUGGAGGUCUUGUGGUGGCAUGCACAUUUGAUCACCGAGUAGCAGAUGCCUAUUCCGCCAACAUGUUUUUUGUGUCAUGGGCGGAGAUUGCUCAAGCAAAACCGAUAUCCAUCACUCCAUCUUUCCGUCGGUCCCUACUAAAUCCUAGAAAACCUGCAGGAUGUUAUGAUCCAUCCCUUGAUGAAAUGUACAUACCCAUAUCAAUGUUGCCUCCUCCUCCUACAGUUGCUGAACUUGGAGUUCAUGAUGAUCAUCUCAUAAGUCGCAUCUACUAUGUCACAGCUCAGGAUAUUGACCGGCUUCAGUCGCAGGCUAACUCUAAUGGCUAUAAAAAGAGAAGCAAAAUAGAGUCGUUUAGUGCAUUCUUGUGGAAGAUGGUUGCCAAAAGCUCCAAUGACGAUGCCAAGAGAUGCAAAAUGGGUAUUGUGGUUGAUGGGCGGAGGAGAUUAAGCAUGGAUGGUGAAGGCAAAACAACAUGCUCAAUGGAUACCUACUUCGGGAAUGUCCUUUCCAUUCCUUUCGGGGAUGAGAGUGUUAGUGAGCUUAAGACAAGGCCAUUGAAUUGGGUGGCAGGCGUGGUGCAUAACUACUUGAAAGAUGCAGUCACUAAGGAGCAUUUCCUGGGUUUGAUUGAUUGGGUGGAAGAUCAUCGGCCAGAGCCAGCAUUAGCCAAGAUAUAUUGUAGCAGACGUAAUAUGGAUGGACCGACGUUUGUGGUGUCCUCUGGGCAGCGGUUCCCUGUAGGGAUGGUGGAUUUCGGGUGGGGCAGCCCCAUAUUUGGGUCCUACCAUUUUCCAUGGCAAGGUGAGGCUGGGUACGUUAUGCCCAUGCCCAGUUCAAGAGGGAAUGGUGACUGGAUUGUCUAUAUGCACAUGCCGAAAGGGCAGCUGGAGUUCUUGGAGGCUGAGGCUGCUGAUGUCUUUAGGCCAUUGACGCGUGGUUAUCUCAAGUUGUCCAUGAAGGAUCUGGAGUAGUUGUUUUACAUACUUAUGUGUGUUUGUUGCAAUGAUCUAGUUAUGAAUCUUAUGACUUUGUUGAAGAUGGGAAGUUAUAUAUGUAUAUAGAUAUAAUACAAUAUCGAUCAUCACUGUUUUUCGGUCGAAUAAAAUUAAAGGAAAAUGCUUGUUGUGUGUCCCCUA